AUGUCUUUUCUGGCGCUUACUGCACUAUUGCCGCGAGUUCAGCGCGUGGUGGGGGGAUGGCUUCCCGAAGCCAAACUUGGAUUCCUUAGGUAUGGGGAUGCAAGGACUUCCAAGCAUAUCGACUUGCGCCUGCGACUUCGACAAAGACGUGGAAGAGGGACCCCUUAUGAAAAGAGCUUGGGUGCUUCAAGAACGGGUGUUAUCCCGGCGAGACUAUCCAUUUUGCAGCGACACACACGUAUUGGGAAUAUGGGAAGAGAAUACGAUGCGAACAGUUUACCAUACUGGACCCGUAAGUCUACAGUCAACGUUCAUGCGCGUGACAAAGGCUCACAUAGCUCCAGGCUAUUCGGGAAGCAGUGCUCCAUCCUCGAUCCUAACUUUCCCGAUCGACUCAGGCGGUCUGGGUAUCAGCGCACCCUUGAUUUUUUCCAAUUCCUAUUUAAGAAGUAUUCAACAUCCGGCCUAACAUUUGAAUCCGACAGGGAUGUUGCGAUUUACAGCCUGGUCGAGCGCAGAAGUGAGAAGCGGACCGAUGAGGACAAGACGGUCUUGACUAAAUACGGAGAUCGAAGGGUGCCAUCAUGGUCUUGGAUGGCGUAUCACGAAGACAUUGAUUUUAUCACGGAUGCGAAGCAGAGACUCAUGGUUCCGCGCUCCGUAGAUCUUGGCUUUGCCGAUGAUGGUGAGACAUUGACGGCCAAAGUGAGGCGAUUUAAAGAUUGCUGGAUGCGCCAAGAUGGGAAACAGUUUGCCAUUUUUGCUGGGACUGCUCUCGAAAAAGUCGGCUUUUUGUGGUACGAUGUGACGGACAAGAUUGAGUUCAAACAUUGCGUUAUUGUUGGGAUGGGCAACGACAACGGGAAGAAAGUCCCUCAGAAUACUUACUACUUCCUCCUUGUUCGAGAGAAACUAGGUGGAGAAGGAUAUGAAAGGCUGGGAGUUGGAAAGGUGCAAGUGCGGUAUGUAGCUAAUGAGAGCGAUGCUGGAAAGCUUUGA